AUGCGAACUGUCACCAACUGCUUCGUGUGUAACCUCGCCGUGGCCGACAUUGCGUUCUGCAUGUCCGCCCCUCUCGUGGCCAGCGUCCGAGUGAACGAAAAUUGGGCAGUGGGUCGAGGCGUCUGUCGGUUGCUUGUCUACUCUAUGAACGUCUGCGGAACGGUCAUGCUGUGGACGAUGUCAGCGAUCAGCAUCGACCGCUAUAUGAACAUAAACGUCGGCGUGGCGUCCAACAGGCGCCUCCGAAAGUGGCAGGUCGUCUGCAUCUGUGUCCUUAUUUGGUUAGCGAGUGCAAUCUGCUAUCUCCCUUUCGCCAUGUACUUUAAUAUUAAAGAAGGCACCGCACUAAGGAACGAGACGGUGACGGUAUGCACGCUGGUCUGGCCACGUGAUCAACAUCUACCCGUCAUCUUCAUUUCACUGCAGUUUGUACUGUGUUGUUUUAUACCCGUCACCAUUAUAUCUUUAAAUUACAUUCGUAUAUUAAAGAAAUAUUGGAAAGCAAAGCGGGCCAUAGAGAGUUUCGCCUCAACUAACGUACGAUCAGACACUCGUAAAGAAAGCCGCGUAAGAAAGCAACAACAAGUCGUGAGGAAACUCGUUCUUAUUGUCAUCGUCUUUGUCGUGAUGUGGUCUCCCAUGUUCGCCGUCAUCGUGCUGGUGGAAUAUGACGUCACUAAAGGUUUGAACUUCAUUCCAUCGUCGGCCCUCAUUUGGGCGCUGAUUGUGGCGUACUGCAACUCGCUCGUGAACGCAGUUAUUUACGGAUCAAUUUACGUCACGAUCUGGAACGCGUUCUCUGGUUGUUUCAGACGACAGGAGAAUAACGUCGUCGCCGCGACGAUUGCUGUAAACAACAACCCUGCCAACCCUGUCACAAGUGUCCAUCCGGCUAAUGUCAAACAUUAA